CUAUAAUUGUCAACAGGUCUCCGGCCGACGCCGAGUGUCAUGGCGGAGUCUCUAGACAUAGUGAAAGUGUCAGCGGUGGCGGGCGGCGACGCGACACUACCGUGUGACACUCGCUCGACACAGGCCUCAGAUGUGUUGUUGCUUGUCGUCUGGUAUAAGAAUGAUGUGCCGUUAUAUAGUUACGAUGGCCGUAUAAAGGGGCCGACGGCUCACUGGGCGGACGAUGUGUUGGGCGGUCGGGCACGGUGGCACGCAGCCACACCGUCAUCACUGAGGAUACGUGACGUCAUACCCACUGACCGAGCCAUGUACCGCUGCAGGGUCGACUUCAAAAUAUCGCCGACAAGAAACCAUAAGAUCCUUUUGGAAGUUAUCGAACUACCAGAAAAACCGAAGAUAUUCGAUGAAUUCGAUAAAGAAGUGGUCGGCGUGGCCGGCCCGUACAUAGAAGAUACUAGCUUGAAGCUCACCUGCGUUGUCAGUGGAGGUAAACCAAUGCCUCGUAUUCGCUGGUGGCGUGAUGACAAGGUGAUAGCCACCCUGGCUCCAGUGGAUGAUGAGUCCCGUCUCAGUCUGCUGGAGUUGAGGAUACCGAAGCUGUCCAGAGACUACUUCGAAGCCGUGUACACUUGCACUGCUGAUAAUACAGUGCUGGUACCGCCUUUAAGAGUCAACGUGCAGAUACAGCUGUAUUUGCGACCUCUAUUUGUGGAGAUCCUGGCCCGGGAACAGCCGCUCUCAGUGGGCCAGGCAGCAGAGCUGGCCUGCAAGGCCGUUGGAACUCGACCACCUGCCAUCAUCACCUGGUGGAUGGAUGAUAGGCAGAUGUCGGUAGCGGCGAUACAGAAGAAUUCUGACGACAAAAACGAGACGAUAUCGUUUCUCCGGUGGACUCCUCGCAUGGAUCAAGAUGGCCGAACGCUGACGUGCCGAGCGGCCCAUGUCAAGUUGGAGCACACGACUAUAGAGACCAGUAUCACACUCAAUUUACAUUAUGUCCCAAUAGUGACAUUGGAACUUGGUUCUAAAAUGAACCCUAACGACAUCGAGGAAGGAGAUGACGUGUACUUCGAGUGCAUGGUGCGGUCUAACCCACCAGCUUAUAAAGUUGUGUGGGAACAUAAUGGUCAGAUAAUGACACAUAACCAACGAGCUGGAGUGAUCGCUGGUUCAGCCAACUUAGCUCUGCAAGGAGUAAAUAGAAGUCAGGCGGGGAACUACGCCUGCACAGCAUCCAAUGUAGAAGGAGAUGGGAAGUCUCAACCUGUCAAACUACAAGUUAUUUAUAAGCCGGUGUGUCUAGCAACGUCAACAGCCAUAGUGGGUGCCGCGAUCAAUGAACCGACCAAAGUAACGUGCGAAGUGGACGCCUUCCCUCCUCCCAAGAACUUCCAGUGGACCCUCAAUAAUUCCAUGGGAACUUCGGAAAUUGAACCUGAAAAAUACAUCUUAAAUGGAGUUGGAAGAUCAGUUCUCUUCUACACACCAUCGUCAGAGAAGGAUUACGGGUCCUUGGCCUGCAGAGCUACCAACCUUGCAGGUCAGCAGGUGGAACCAUGCCGAUACUCCUUGCUGCCAGCAGUCAGACCAGAUCCAUUAGCCAACUGUUCUGCUGUGAACCUCACUGAUGAUUCAGCAGAAAUUAGAUGUGUUGCUGGUUAUGAUGGUGGUCUUCAAACAUCGUAUUUCGUGGAAGUAUGGGAAUCAAAGAUAUUAGUAGCAAAUGUUUCGACCGCACAACCGGCGUGGAUACUCCGAGGUCUCGGAUCAGGGAAGAGCUUAAGACUCGUGUUCUUCGCUGCCAACGCCAGGGGAAGGUCAGAGACUGUCAUGAUGAGGAUCAAUACCCUGGCGAGACUUGCUUUGCAUACUGAAGCGAAAUCUGGCAAAGCAGUUGGUGUUGAUGCUAGUUGGGCACUGGGAGUAAUCGCCGGCAUUGCUGGGACUCUUGUGGUGAUUGUAGUGAUUGCUCUUCUGGCUAGGAGAAGACAGCAUCAACCCAUGCAGUAUGAAGCUCCUAUGCAGACGGUGAAGGCGUACAAAGGCGCGAUACAAAGCACCAACCAUUCUCCGGUUCAGCCUGACGAUAAAAAUCCUGAUGUAGUGCCUCUGGGUAAAGGUAAUAUAGAUUUCAACAGUGCGCGGGACUUAGAGCGGCCCCCUGAGCCCCCGCCUUAUGGGACAGUGAUGUCUCCUCCCGUGGGGUCUUCACGUAGUUCUAACAGUUUGCAUCAUCACGACAUGCGGCCUGUCACUCCGCACACACCGAUCACACCUGCGUCUGAUGCCCAUAGCAUCGGGACACUGGCCGAAGAUCGUCGUAGUGUGACAAGCGGGACGUUCUCCAGACGGAGAGAAGUCGUCACAACUAGAACUCCUUUGCUAGCAAACGCGAGAGAAAGUUGUGUCUAG